AUGCUGGCAGUGGUGCAGGUAGAUUCCACACUGCACCAGCCCAUGUUUCUCCUCCUGGCCACGCUGGCAGCCACAGACCUGGGUUUAGCCACUUCCGUAGGCCCUGGGUUGCUGGCUGUGAUGUGGUUCGGGACCCGCCCUGUGCCAUAUGCUGCCUGCCUGGUCCAGAUGUUCUUUGUCCAUGCACUGACUGCCAUGGAAUCUGGUGUCCUGCUGGCCAUGGCCUGUGAUCGUGCCGUGGCGGUAGGGAGUCCACUGCACUAUUCCAUCCUUGUCACUAAAGCUCGUGUGGGAUACGCGGUCCUGGCACUGGCACUAAAAGCUGUGGCUAUUGUUGUGCCUUUCCCUCUGUUGGUGGCACGAUUUGAACAUUUCCAAGCCAAGACCAUAGAGCAUGCCUACUGUGCACACAUGGCGGUGGUGGAGCUGGUGGUGGGUAAUACUCGGGCCAACAAUUUGUAUGGGCUAGCCCUCUCCCUGGCCGUGUCAGGUGUAGAUAUUCUGGGCAUCACUGGCUCUUAUGGGCUCAUUGCCCACACCGUGCUGCGACUGCCUACCAAGGAGGCCCGUGCUAAGGCCUUUGGCACAUGUAGUUCCCACAUCUGUGUCAUCCUGGCUUUCUAUGUGCCUGGUCUCUUCUCCUACCUCACACACCGCUUUGGUCGUCACACUGUCCCCAAGCCUGUGCACAUCCUUCUCUCUAACAUCUACUUGCUGCUGCCACCUGCCCUCAACCCUCUCAUCUACGGGGCCCGCACCAAGCAGAUCAGGGACCGGCUCCUGGAAACCUUCAUGUUCAGGAAAAGCCAGUUCUGA